AUGUGUGUUCAGAUAUAUAUUGCUAUCGCGCGUGGUGGCGUGAACCCGCAGCACUGCCUGUUGCUGCCUGCAUCACACCAGCCGAACUUGGGUUUCUGUCCUUUGCCAGUGGUCGAGGAGUGCGAUCGGUUGAUGGACGUGAUGCGGGAGGUGAACUAUGAGCAAGGUUUGGGUACGUUGUUCUUCGAGCGGUACGUGCCGAUGAAGCAGACGCGGACGAUGCAUACUCAGGUCCAUGCCGUGGGGUUUCCGGGUCACUUGACAUCUGCAUUGGUGGAGAGUAUGUUAUAUCGGACAGUGCGAGACAGUGGUUCGGUGCUGGUAUGGGAACAGCACGACUAUACCUUGUCCCUGCCUCACGUCAUGGGAGUACUGGCCAAUUGGCAACCUGACCAGAUGGGUCGACAACCAGAACAUAAGUUCGCGCAUUCUAGCUACUGGUGGAUCACCAUCUGCGGCACUCAAGGCCAGCCAUCUUGCACACUCAUAGGCGUCACGCAAUCACCCGUCGGAGUCAAUCUCAACCUCGCCCGCGAAGUACUCGCACACACCCUCAAUCUACCCGACCGCGUCCAAUGGAAAAACUGCGUGACUCCUCCUAACCAAGAGACGGAAGCCGCCCUUCACCUUAAACAACUCCUUAGCAACUCUCUCAGACGUCUCCAACAAUCCACCGAGGACCCAACUCGGUGA